AGUGGCCAACGAUCUGAGCCAAAAUGGCUUCGAUCGGGAGUCAGUUUCUUACUUUACAGUGAUUCACCCCAACUGCAGCGAGGUAGCGAACGAGCUAGCCAGCAACUGUCAGAGGGAAGGAAACGCGCCGGUGACAGUUGGACAUGGCUGAAACAGAACAAAACCUUGGAGAUCAGGACAUUGAGGAGAAAAUUGAGCAGACGAGAGAGAGAUUUAAGAAUGAAUUCCUCAAAGAUUCAUCAGACAAAUAUGACCAAAGAGAUGUGGACAGACUACAGAAGGACAACUCCCUGGUGGAGGGCUACCUGAUGUGGCGACUUUACGUGGUGGACGACGCCUUGAAAAUGAUUGAUGAGAGUUUCCACUGGAGGAAAGAGUACGGCGUGAACGAUCUCUCGGAGAGUUCCAUUCCCAGGUGGAUGUUUGAGACCGGGGCGGUGUUCCUCCAUGGAUACGACAGAGAGGGCAACAAGCUUUUGUGGUUUAGGGUAAAGCUGCAUGUGAAGGAUGCAAAAACAAUCAUUGACAAGAAAAAGUACGUGGCUUUCUGGCUGGAGCGAAAUGUCAAGAAAGAACCUGGGAUGCCCAUGACAGUUGUUUUUGACAUGUCAGAGUCUGGCCUGGCCAAUAUAGACAUGGACUUUGUGAAGUAUGUUGUCAGUUGCUUCAAAAUUUAUUAUCCCAAGUUGCUCUCUAUGAUGAUUAUUGUGGAGAUGCCUUGGAUCAUGAACGCCGCGUGGAAGAUUGUGAAAACGUGGUUGGGUCCAGAGGCCAUCAGCAAGCUUAAAUUUGCAUCCCGAUCUGAACUCCAGUCGUACAUUGACCCAGAGUACCUACCGCCGCACAUGGGAGGAAAUGACCUGUUCAAGUACAGCUACCCUCCUCUCCCCGACGACGACUUCCAGACGCCCAUCAGCGACAACGGACCCAUCGUUAGCGAGGACGAGAUUGAGAGCAAAGAGAUCGAGAGCAAGGAGCUCGAGAGCAAAGAGAGUGAGCCAGAGAGCAAAGAUGGCCUCGAGUCCAGCUUCAACUCUGAGGUUGUGGCCAAGCCCAAAAAGGUGAAUUUCCUGGAAGACACCAGCGAGAAGGUUGACAACCGCAUCAAAGGAGCCAGGAAACCCGUGACCACAUUUAAAGGCACCCUGUUGGACAUCAGCCCUGCAGAAGAGCUCAGUUUUGGUUUCGGAGACACAGAGAAGAAAAGCCUCAUUAUCCUGAGCAAUGUGACCAAAAACCCUUUGGCCUUCAAGGUUCGGACCACAGCACCAGAGAAGUACAGGGUGAAGCCGAGCAGCAGCAUCUGUGAACCCGGCGCCUCAAUCGAUAUUGUGGUGUCCCUAUAUGGAGGGUCUCAGGCGUCCCCCCAGGAUCGCUUCCUGGUGAUGGCCGCUGAGAUGGACAACGUAGGAUCUCAAGAACUUGGGCAGUUCUGGAAGGAAGUACAAAAGACUAAAAUCAUGGAGCACAGGUUACGCUGCCAUGUUCUGGAAAGUGUCAAACCCGCAGCAAACCCUCAGUGGGGGGCGGGCGAUGUAGGAAGCAGCAAGGAUAUAAACAUGACGCAUGUUGCACAGAUAGGCUCCCUGGCACCGGAUGACACCUUACUGAUGCGAUUGAUGACCUCCAACUCCCAGCUGCAGCAGAGCAUCAACACGUGUUUGUGGGUCCAGAAGAUUCUAGUCUACUUGGUCCUGAUUCUGUUAGUGCUCAAUCUGUACUGUGUCUUCGUGUUGACAUCAUCCCAGCAACUAUCUUGACCACUGUACGUCUACAAAGAACAACCCCCCCCCCCUCCUAAAAAUACCGUCCUUCGCCAAAUUGACGGGCUCAUUUUGUGAUGCCCCUCAACAAAGAACAAAGACUUUUUUAAACAAUUUUGCAGGAUAUUUUGUGAAGCCAGAAAAGGAUAUUUAUUGCAAAAAAUAUGGUGGGGAAAAAAAAAGGAUUUUUGUGACCAUAUGUACAAUACAUUUUAUAUGAGACUCUAUGGCAGAUAAGGAAAAUAAACACAAGUCUUUGCA